UUGGCGGUUAUUGCUAGUUGACUAGACAGACACAGCAGCCAUUUUGUAGUACAGACGGAUUGAAAGAAAGUUGUUUUGUUUUCCGGUGAAGUAUUAUACGUUUAUUAUUAUUGGUGUCAAAAGCUUAUAUUGAAUUUCAGAAACUUAAAAGUUUAGUAAAAUAACAGUGUUUUAUCUUCUUUGCGCUACGAGUUGUUACUUAUGAGAUACAUUUUGUUGAAUUUGUUCAGUUCACACCGUUGACCGAUAUGGCCCCCAGGAAGGCUGUGUUGGUUGUACCGGAGCCCCCCAAGAAGAGGAUUGCACCCAAUGGUGUGCGCCUGCCUGAUCCCAUCAUCGAGGGAGAGUUGUUGACUGACACCGCGCAAAAAACCUGGAAACUAGGGCGUUCCAUUGGACUCGGUGGCUUUGGAGAGAUUUACUUGGCCUCUGAUGAAAUAAACAAGACAGUCAAAGAUGAUGCCAAAUAUGUCAUUAAAGUUGAACGCCAUUCCAAUGGGCCUUUAUUUGUAGAGAAGAAUUUCUAUAUAAGGACUGCACAGAUGGACAUGAUAAACGAGUGGGUUGCGAGACGUCACAUGAAAGCACUGGGGAUGCCGUAUUAUCUGGGCACUGGCUCGCAUCACUAUGGAGGAGAGAAGUACCGUUUCCUUGUCUUACCCAGGUUUGGUAUUGACAUUGAAAAAGUAUUCAUCCGCCACGGCAGAAGAUUUCACAUCAAGACUGCUUUCACGCUGGCUUCCUACAUUAUUGACGCCCUAGAGUACAUCCACUGUCAUGAGUACAUUCAUGCCGACAUCAAGGGGUCCAACCUGCUACUGGGGUUGGACACGCAGGCACCUGUCUACCUGCUGGACUACGGGCUGGCCACACGUUACCUGUACCGUGAUGGAAGGCACAAGGAGUACCGCCAUGAUGAACGACGUGCUCACGAUGGCACGCUCGAGUUCACCUCACGUGAUGCACAUAUUGGUGUGCACUCAAGGAGAGGUGACUUGGAGAUCCUGGGGUACAACCUGGUCCAGUGGCUGUGUGGCCGGCUGCCCUGGGAGGGCAACUCUGACCCUGAGCAGGUCAAGGACAGCAAGACUCAGGCCAUGCAUAACAUACCCUCCUUCCUCAACAACUGUUUCAAAACCUUCCCAGCCUCCAGCUGCUCUGCACCAUUAUCUACGCUAUGUGGCUAACCUGGGAUUUGAGACUCAGCCAGACUACAAGUACUGCAAGAGGCUGUUUAGGGAGGGGAUCAGGGAGAGUGGCUUCCAAGAUGAUGGAAAACUCACAUUCUAUUCGCAUGCCAAGAUGUCUGGCAAUAGAAAA